CGAAGUGAAGUGAAAGAAGAGUUUUGAACUCUUGAGUUUCUUCUGCAGUGAAUCAUGAACAUGUCUUCUUCUUCUCGCAAACUCUCGCGACUCUUCAACAUUGUAACUCAGAAUCAGAAAUCUCCAGUUUUGCUUUCUUCUGACCAAGAAGCAGCCAGAAGAAUCACGGCGUGCCUGGUGGAGAAAUCCACCAUCGGAAAACUUCAAUCGAAUCCAUCACUCCUCUUCAAUUUGAAUUCAAAUGUUACCCGUCUCGUUCUAUCUGAGCCAACUCUUCCCACUCAAUCCUGCAUCGAUUUCUUCAAGCUUCUUCGCGAAUUCGAAUCUAAUCUCAAACCUGAUCUCACGGCGGUAGUGACUUUAUCUCACCGGUUAUAUUCUAACCGGAGGUUCAAUGAGAUGAGAUCGCUUCUGAAUUCAGUUGUUAACGACGGGUUUUACAAGCGUCCGGUUGAGGAGUUAGGAUCAGCGAUGGUGGAUUGUGACAUUUCUGAAGAAAAGUUUGAAUUUUUCGAAAAGUUUUUCGAUUUGGUAUUUAGGGUGUAUGUUGAUAACGGAAUGUUUGAAGAGGGUUUAAGGGUUUUUGAUUACAUGGUUAAAAAGGGAUUGAGUAUUGAUGAAAGAUCCUGCAUUGUGUUUUUGGUUGCGGCGAAGAAGCGACGGAGAAUUGAUCUCUGUUUGGAAAUUUUCCGGCGAAUGGUUGAUUCUGGAGUGAAGAUAACUGUUUAUUCAUUGACGAUUGUGGUUGAAGGAUUAUGUAGAAGAGGUGAAGUUGAGAAGAGUAAGAAGCUGAUUAAGGAGUUUUCUGUUAAAGGGAUUAAACCUGAAGCUUAUACUUACAACACUAUUAUCAAUGCUUAUGUUAAACAGAGAGAUUUCUCGGGUGUGGAAGGGGUUUUGAAGGUGAUGAAGAAGGAUGGUGUGGUGUAUAACAAGGUUACGUAUACGCUUUUGAUGGAAUUGAGUGUUAAGAAUGGGAAAAUGAGUGAUGCGGAGAAGCUGUUCGAUGAAAUGCGUGAGAGAGGAAUAGAAUCUGAUGUUCAUGUGUAUACUUCUUUGAUAAGUUGGAAUUGUAGAAAGGGAAAUAUGAAAAGAGCGUUUUUGUUGUUUGAUGAAUUGACAGAGAAGGGACUUUCGCCGAGUAGUUAUACCUACGGGGCGCUUAUUGACGGGGUGUGUAAGGUAGGGGAAAUGGGUGCAGCUGAGAUAUUGAUGAACGAGAUGCAAAGUAAAGGAGUUAAUAUCACUCAGGUGGUGUUUAAUACGUUGAUUGAUGGGUAUUGCAGGAAAGGGAUGGUUGAUGAAGCAUCAAUGAUUUAUGAUGUGAUGGAGCAGAAAGGGUUUCAAGCUGAUGUUUUCACUUGUAAUACGAUUGCUAGCUGUUUCAAUAGAUUGAAAAGGUAUGAUGAGGCAAAACAAUGGCUGUUCAGGAUGAUGGAGGGUGGUGUGAAGCUUAGCACGGUUAGUUAUACUAAUUUGAUCGAUGUUUACUGCAAAGAAGGGAACGUUGAAGAGGCAAAGAGGCUAUUUGUGGAGAUGAGCAGCAAGGGAGUACAGCCCAACGCUAUCACGUACAAUGUGAUGAUCUACGCUUACUGCAAGCAAGGGAAAAUAAAAGAAGCACGUAAACUAAGGGCCAACAUGGAAGCAAAUGGGAUGGAUCCGGAUUCAUAUACCUACACGUCGCUCAUACACGGGGAAUGUAUUGCUGAUAAUGUGGAUGAAGCAAUGAGGCUCUUUAGCGAGAUGGGGUUGAAGGGUUUGGACCAGAAUUCUGUUACGUACACGGUGAUGAUCUCGGGUUUGUCCAAAGCUGGAAAAUCAGACGAAGCCUUUGGAUUGUACGAUGAGAUGAAAAGGAAAGGGUAUACAAUAGAUAAUAAGGUUUAUACUGCACUCAUUGGAAGUAUGCAUUCACCUGAGACUUAA